AUGGCUCUUCUCCUGCAGCUUCUGGUUUUCCUAUUACCAUUUCUGGCAGCUGCCUUGCCAGCUGUGAGUGAAAGAGAUGGUCCUCUUACGCCAAGUGAAGACCCAUUUUACCAGCCUCCACCGAGCUGGGAGACCACGGCCCCUGGCACAAUUCUUCGCCACCGGACUCCUCCCUUCCCCAUCGCUGCUUUCGGUCUGGCCAAAGUCAACCUCAGGGCUACACAUCAGAUUCUCUAUCGAACAACCAACACAUUUGGCGAGCCUAUCACGACCGUGACGACUAUCCUUAUCCCGCAUAAUGCAGACUACACCAAACUGCUUUCCUACCAGGUUUUCCAAGAUGCAGCAGACCCGAGCUGCUCUCCUUCCUUUGCACUCCAGCAAUUCUCCGAUGCUGGUGAGGCCCUUGCGCUUGCCAUACCUCAGAUUGAGUAUUUGUUCAUGAGCUCAGCCCUGAACAAGGGCUGGAUUGUUACAGUCCCGGAUUACCUUGGCCCAAAGUCAGCAUAUGGAGCAAAUAUAAUCUCAGGUCAAGCCGUCUUGGACAAUAUCCGUGCUGCCCUGGCCUCGACAAGUAUUACUGGUAUUUCGUCACGGGCUGCUGCUGCAAUGUGGGGAUACUCUGGCGGCAGCCUGGCUAGUGGAUGGGCAGCCGAACUGCAGCCCUCAUAUGCCCCAGAGUUGAAGAUUGCUGGUGCAGCCCUUGGAGGAACUGUGCCGGAGAUCCUGCCUGUGAUUGAUGCUAUUAACAAGGGCACCUCUGUUGGACUUCUCAUUGCCGGCCUCAAAGGUCUUGCAAAUGAAUACCCGUCUGCAGCACAACUUAUCCGCGAGAAUAUUAUCCCAGCGAAAUGGGCGGAAUUCAACAAGACACAGGAGCUUUGCCUCGUUGGCAAUCUGCUCGAGUAUCAGAACGAUGACAUUUACUCCUAUUUCAAAGACGAGAACAUCUUUACCAACCACGAAGCCACGAAAAUUUUGAAUGAGAAUUCCAUGGGCCAACACACCCCUAGUAUCCCAUUGCUCAUCUACAAAUCCACAAACGACGAAAUCAGUCCUGUUAGAGACACUGACCAGCUUUAUAAUAACUAUUGCUCAAAUGGCGCGGAUGUCAAGUACUUGCGUGACAUCCUCUCGGACCACACCACUCUGGCCAUUACAGGUGCCCCAGACGCGCUCCUUUGGCUAGUCGACCGCCUCAAUGGCGUCCCCGUGAGAAAAGGGUGUUCAACGUCAACACGACUAUCAGGCCUUGCUGACCCAAAAUCAAUUCGAACACUGGGCCGGGAUAUUGCGCAGUUGCUGCUGGGGUUCCUGCAGUUGCCUGUCGGGCCGAAAGGGCGGUAGAUGGGGGGAUUUGAGGAGUCUGUUCGCCUGUCGAGAUGCGGAUGGAUAUCAAUUGGACCACGGCCGCUGAGGAUGGCUGGGGGGGUAAUGUCCAAGACAAUAGUGCUAUCUGUCAAGCCGGCUCAUCGACACAAUGUGCAGGCUUUUAGCUAUAAUAUGAUAAGGUAUAGGUCUAGGGUCGUGAAUAGAGAUCAUAUA